AUGACUGUGAGCACACUGACUGUCAUCCCUAGCCAAGGGACAACACCAGCUGCCACGACAUCCUCAGGGACCUCAAGCAGAGCCUCAUCUUCACAGGGCUCCACCUCCACCAGCCCUACACCUCACAGUACCUUACAGCCUGGCAGCCCCACGACUGUGAGAACUCAAGCUAUCACCUCUAGUCCAGGGACAACAGGAGCUGCCACUACAUUCCCAGGGACUUUAUCCACAGUCACAUCUUCGCAAGGCUACUCCUCCAUGAGCACCACAUCCGAGAGUACCACAGAGCUUGGCACCACGAAGACUGUGAGAACACAGACUGUCACCUCUAGCUCAGGGACAACACCAGCUUCCUCUUCCUCCGCAGGGACCUCAGGGACGGCCACAUCUUCUCGUACCUCCACCGCUAGCAGCUCCACCUCUCAGAAUACCACCUACUCUCACAGUAGUACAACUCUGACCUUGGAGGCUCUCAUGCCUACCCUAGGGACAACAGCAGCUGCCACGACUUCCCCAGGGACCUCAGGAACACCUACACCUGAGCAGGGCUCCACCGCCAGCAGCGCUACACCUCAGAGAACCACUGAGCCUGGCCGCAGGACGACUGUGAGCACGCUGACUGUCACCCCUAGCCAAGGGACAACACCACCUGCCAAUACUGCCCCAGGGACCUCAGGAACAGCCACAUCUUCUCUUAGCUCCACCUUCAGAAGUUCUACCUCUCAGAAUACCAGCUAUUCUCACAGUACUACAACUCUGACCACGGAGGCUCUCACAACUACGCCAGGGACAACAGCAGCUGCCACGACUUCCCAAGGGACCUCAAGCAGAGCCAAAUCUGUCCAGGGCUCCACCUCCUCCAGCCCUACACCUCAGAGUACCACAGAGCCUGGCAGCACGACUACUGUGUCCGAAGUGACUGCCACUCAUAGCCAAGGGACAACAGCUGCUGCAACUAAUUCCAUAGGGACCGCAGGAACAACCACAUCUUCCCAGAGCUCCACUUCCAACAACCCCACACCUGAGAGUACCACAGAGCUUGGCAGCAUGACUACUGGAAGAACACAGGCUGUCACUUCUAGCCCAGGGACAACAGCAGGUGCCACUACUUCCUUGGCGACUACAGGAACACCCACACUUUCCCAGGGCUCCAUCCCCACCAGCGCUCUACCUCAGAGUAACACAGAGACUGGCAGCAUGAGCACUCUGAGAACACAAGCGACCACCUCUAGCCCAGGGACAACAGGAGCUGCCACUACUUCCACAGGGACCUCAGGAACAGCCACAGUUUCUUCUAGCUCCACCUACAGCGGUCCCACCACUCAGAGUACCACUAAUUCUCAUAAUACUAUAACUCUGACCACGGAGGCUCUUAUAACUACCCUGUGGACAACAGCAGCUGCCACUACCUUCCCAGGGACCUCAAGCAGAGCCACAUCUCCACAGGGCUCCACUUCCACCAGCCCUACACCUCACAGUACCUUACAGCCUGGCAGCACCACGACUCCCUACACCUCAGAGUACCACAGAGCCUGGCAGCUGGACGACUCCAAGGACAACACCAGCUGCCACGACAUCCUCAGGGACCUCAGCAGAGCCACAAUCUUCACAGGGCUCCACCUCCACAGCCCUACACCUCACAGUAACCUACAGCCUGGCAGCCCCACGACUAGUACCACAGAGCUUGGCACCACGACGACUGUGAGAACACAGAGUGUCACCUCUAGCUCAGGGACAACACCAGCUUCCUCUUCCUCCGCAGGGACCUCAGGGACGCCACAUCUUCUCAAUACCACCUACUCUCACAGUAACUACAACUCUGACCUCGGAGGCGCUCAUGACUACCCUAGGGACAACAGCAGCUGCCACGACUUCCCCAGGGACUCAGGAACACAUACACCUGAGCAGGGCUCCACCGCCAGCAGCGCUACACCUCAGAGAACCACUCAGCCUGGCCGCAGGACGACUAAGUUCUACCUCUCAGAAUACCAGCUAUUCUCACAGUACUACAACUCUGACCACGGAGGCUCUCACAACUACGCCAGGGACAACAGCAGCUGCCACGACUUCCCCAGGGACCUCAAGCACAGCCACAUCUGUCCAGGGCUCCACCUCCUCCAGCCCUACACCUCAGAGUCCAGAGAGCCUGGCAGCAAGACUACUCUGUCCGAAGUGACUGUCACUCAUAGCCAAGGGACAACAGCUGCUGCAACUAAUUCCAUAGGGACCGCAGGAACAACCACAUCUUCCCAGAGCUCCACUUCCAACAACCGAACACCUCAGAGUACCACAGAGCCUGGCCGCACGACUACUGUGGACCGCAGGAACAACCACAUCUUCCAGAGCUCCACUUCCUACAACCCCACACCUGAGAGUACCACAGAGCUUGGCAGCAUGACAACUGGAAGAACACAGGCUGUCACUUCUAGCCCAGGCACAACAGCAGGUGCCACUACUUCCUUGGCGACCACAGGAACACCCACACUUUCCCAGGGCUCCAUCCCCACCAGCGCUCUACCUCAGAGUAACACAGAGACUGGCAGCAUGAGCACUCUGAGAACACAAGCGACCACCUCUAGCCCAGGGACAACAGGAGCUGCCACUACUUCCACAGGGACCUCAGGAACAGCCACAGUUUCUUCUAGCUCCACCUACAGCGGUCCCACCACUCAGAGUACCACUAAUUCUCAUAAUACUAUAACUCUGACGCACGGAGGCUCUUAUAACUACCCUGUGGACAACAGCAGCUGCCACUACAUUCCAGGGACCUCAAGCAGAGCCACAUCUCCACAGGGCUCCACUUCCACCAGCCCUACACCUCACAGUACCUUACAGCCUGGCAGCACCACGACUGUGAGAACUCAACCCAUCACCUCUAGUCCAGGGACAACAGCAGCUGCCACGACUUCCCCAGGGACCUCAGGAACACCUACACCUGAGCAGGGCUCCACCGCCAGCAGCGCUACACCUCAGAGAACCACUGAGCCUGGCCGCAGGACGACUGUGAGCACGCUGACUGUCACCCCUAGCCAAGGGACAACACCACCUGCCAAUACUGCCCCAGGGACCUCAGGAACAGCCACAUCUUCUCUUAGCUCCACCUUCAGAAGUUCUACCUCUCAGAAUACCAGCUAUUCUCACAGUACUACAACUCUGACCACGGAGGCUCUCACAACUACGCCAGGGACAACAGCAGCUGCCACUACUUCCCCAGGGACCUCAAACAGAGCCACAUCCUCCCAGGGCUCCAUCUCCCCCAGUCCUACACCUCACAGUACCACAGAGCCUGGCAGCUGGACGACUGUGAGAACACAGGGUAGCAUUUCUAGCCCAGGGACAACAGCGCCAGGGACUUCAUCCACAGCCACAUCUUCGCAGGGUUCCACCUCCAUCAGCCCCACACUGGAGAGUACCACAGAGCCUGGCAGCACGAUGACUGUGAGCACACUGACUGUCAUCCCUAGCCAAGGGACAACACCAGCUGCCACGACAUCCUCAGGGACCUCAAGCAGAGCCUCAUCUUCACAGGGCUCCACCUCCACCAGCCCUACACCUCACAGUACCUUACAGCCUGGCAGCCCCACGACUCAGCUCCACCUCUCAGAAUACCACCUACUCUCACAGUACACAACUCUGACCUCGGAGGCUCUCACGCCUACCCUAGGGACAACAGCAGCUGCCACGACUUCCCCAGGGACCUCAGGAACACCUACACCUGAGCAGGGCUCCACCGCCAGCAGCGCUACACCUCAGAGAACCACUGAGCCUGGCCGCAGGACGACUAAGUUCUACCUCUCAGAAUACCAGCUAUUCUCACAGUACUACAACUCUGACCACGGAGGCUCUCACAACUACACCAGGGACGACAGCAGCUGCCACGACAUCCCCAGGGACCUCAAGCAGAGCCACAUCUGUCCAGGGCUCCACCUCUCCAGCCCUACACCUCAGAGUACCACAGAGCCUGGGACCUCAGGAACAGCCACAGUUUCUUCUAGCUCCACUACAGCGGUCCCACCACUCAGACCCUACACCUCACAGUACCUUACAGCCUGGCAGCACCACGACUGUGAGAACUCAACCCAUCACUCUAGUCCAGGGACAACAGCAGCUGCCACUACUACCCCAGGGACCUCAAACAGAGCCACAUCUUCCAGGGCUCCAUCUCCCCAGCCUACACCUCACAGUACCACAGAGCCUGGCAGCUGGACGACUGUGAGAACACAGGGUAGCAUUUCUAGCCCAGGGACAACAGCGCCAGGGACUUCAUCCACAGCCACAUCUUCCCAGGGUUCCACCUCCAUCAGCCCCACACUGGAGAGUACCACAGAGCCUGGCAGCAUGAUGACUGUGAGCACACUGACUGUCAUCCCUAGCCAAGGGACAACACCAGCUGCCACGACAUCCUCAGGGACCUCAAGCAGAGCUCAUCUUACAGGGCUCCACCUCCACCAGCCCUACACCUCACAGUACCUUACAGCCUGGCAGCCCACGACUGUGAGAACUCAAGCUAUCACCUCUAGUCCAGGGAAACAGAGCUGCACGACUUCCCAGGGACCUCGGAACACCCACAUCUUCCCAGGGCUCACCUCCAUUAUCACCACACCUAACACAACCACAGAGCCAGGCAGCGACAUCUGGACCUCAGGGACGGCCACAUCUUCUCGUACCUCCACUGCUAGCAGCUCCACCUCUCAGAAUACCACCUACUCUCACAGUACUACAACUCUGACUCGGAGCUCUCACGCCUACCCUAGGGACAACAGCAGCUGCCACGACUUCCCCAGGGACCUCAGGAAACCUACACCUGAGCAGGGUCCACCGCCAGCAGCGCUACACUCAGAGAACACUGAGCCUGGCGCAGGACGACUGGACAACAGCAGCUGCCACGACUUCCCAGGGACCUCAGGAACACCUACACCUGAGCAGGGCUCCACCGCCAGCAGCGCUACACCUCAGAGAACCACUGAGCCUGGCCGCAGGACGACUCUCCACCUUCAGAAGUUCUACCUCUCAGAAUACCAGCUAUUCUCACAGUACUACAAUCUGACCACGGAGGCUCUCACAACUACGCCAGGGACAACAGCAGCUGCCCACGACUUCCCCAGGGACCUCAAGCAGAGCCACAUCUGUCCAGGGCUCCACCUCCUCCAGCCCUACACCUCAGAGUACCACAGAGCCUGGCAGCACGACUACUGUGUCCACACAGCUGCCACUACCUUCCCAGGGACCUCAAGCAGAGCCACAUCUUCACAGGGCUCCACUUCCACCAGCCCUACACCUCACAGUACCUUACAGCCUGGCAGCACCACGACUGUGAGAACUCAACCCAUCACCUCUAGUCCAGGGACAACAGCAGCUGCCACUACUUCCCCAGGGACCUCAAGCAGAGCCACAUCCUCCCAGGGCUCCAUCUCCCCCAGCCCUACACCUCAGAGUACCACAGAGCCUGGCAGCUGGACGACUGUGAGAACACAGGGUAGCAUUUCUAGCCCAGGGACAGCAGCCCCAGGGACUUCAUCCACAGCCACAUCUUCCCAGGGUUCCACCUCCAUCAGCCCCACACUGGAGAGUACCACAGAGCCUGGCAGCACGAUGACUGUGAGCACACUGACUGUCAUCCCUAGCCAAGGGACAACACCAGCUGCCACGACAUCCUCAGGGACCUCAAGCAGAGCCUCAUCUUCACAGGGCUCCACCUCCACCAGCCCUACACCUCACAGUACCUUACAGCCUGGCAGCCCCACGACUGUGAGAACUCAAGCUAUCACCUCUAGUCCAGGGACAACAGCAGCUGCCACGACUUCCCCAGGGACCUCGGGAACACCCACAUCUUCCCAGGGCUCCACCUCCAUUAUCACCACACCUAACACAACCACAGAGCCAGGCAGGACAUCUGUGAGAACACUGACUUUCACCUCUAGCCAAGGGACAACAGGAGCUGCCACUACAUUCCCAGGGACUUUAUCCACACUCACAUCUUCGCGAGGCUACACCUCCAUGAGCACCACAUCCCAGAGUACCACAGAGCUUGGCACCACGACGACUGUGAGAACACAGACUGUCACCUCUAGCUCAGGGACAACACCAGCUUCCUCUUCGUCCGCAGGGACCUCAGGGACGGCCACAUCUUCUCGUACCUCCACCGCUAGCAGCUCCACCUCUCAGAAUACCACCUACUCUCACAGUACUACAACUCUGACCUCGGAGGCUCUCACGCCUACCCUAGGGACAACAGCAGCUGCCACGACUUCCCCAGGGACCUCAGGAACACCUACACCUGAGCAGGGCUCCACCGCCAGCAGCGCUACACCUCAGAGAAGCACUGAGCCUGGCCGCAGGACGACUGUGAGCACGCUGACUGUCACCCCUAGCCAAGGGACAACACCACCUGCCAAUACUGCCCCAGGGACCUCAGGAACAGCCACAUCUUCUCUUAGCUCCACCUUCAGAAGUUCUACCUCUCAGAAUACCAGCUAUUCUCACAGUACUACAACUCUGACCACGGAGGCUCUCACAACUACGCCAGGGACAACAGCAGCUGCCACGACAUCCCCAGGGACCUCAAACAGAGCCACAUCUGUCCAGGGCUCCACCUCCUCCAGCCCUACACCUCAGAGUACCACAGAGCCUGGCAGCACGACUACUGUGUACACAGUGACUGCCACUCAUAGCCAAGGGACAACAGCUGCUGCCACUAAUUCCAUAGGGACCGCAGGAACAACCACAUCUUCCCAGAGCUCCACUUCCAACAACCCCACACCUGAGAGUACCACAGAGCUUGGCAGCAUGACAACUGGAAGAACACAGGCUGUCACUUCUAGCCCAGGCACAACAGCAGGUGCCACUACUUCCUUGGCGACCACAGGAACCCCCACACUUUCCCAGGGCUCCAUCCCCACCAGCGCUCUACCUCAGAGUAACACAGAGACUGGCAGCAUGAGCACUCUGAGAACACAAGCGACCACCUCUAGCCCAGGGACAACACCAGCUGCCAUGACAUCCUCAGGGACCUCAAGCAGAGCCUCAUCUUCACAGGGCUCCACCUCCACCAGCCCUACACCUCACAGUACCUUACAGCCUGGCAGCCCCACGACUGUGAGAACUCAAGCUAUCACCUCUAGUCCAGGGACAACAGCAGUGAUAUGCUUAAAUGGAGGUAGUUGGAGUGGAAACUCUUGCAUCUGUCCCACUGGUUACAAUGGAGAGCAAUGUGAGGAGAAGGACAUUGUGUGCGAGAAUGGGGGCACCUGGGAUGGAACCAAAUGCAUCUGCAGUGUCCUCUUCUAUGGCACUAAGUGUGAAUUGGUUUCAGACAGCCUUCCCAUAGGCACUCCUCCAGAAGAGGUCAAUGCUACCCUGGGAAUGAAUGUGUCUGUGAUUAAUAUGGAAUUUACAAAGGACUUAGAAAACACAUCUUCGGAUGCCUACAAGAAUUUCACUGAAGUGUUCAAAACACAGAUGGAUACCAUUUUCCAAAACAUCUCUCACUAUUCUGGUGUGGAGAUCAAGAAGCUUUCAAAUGGCAGUAUACUGGUGGAGUAUAAUGUGAUCCUGUCAACAAGUUUCACCCCAGAUUACAUGACAGAAUUGGAGACUAGUGCGAAGAAGGUAGAGGAAACAAUUAAAACAGUAAUCAUUGAGGAAGGAGACAAAGGAUGCACAGAAAUAUUAUGUUUCAACCCCAACGAGACAUCAGUGGAUGAGCUUAUAGUUUCCUAUGAUCCUCUGGUGGAAUGCCAAGAGACUGCUGGAGAAUUUAAGGAAUUCUUCUACAUUGACUACAAGGACGAAACACCAGAGUGUAUUAACAGAUGCAUGCAAGGCUUCAACUCAUCACUGGACUGCAACCAGGGAAAGUGUCUGUUCCAGCAGAGUGGGUCUCGGAUAGGGCCUCGAUGCUUCUGUUUCACAACAGAUACACACUGGUACUGGGGAGAAACCUGUGACUUCAGCACCAGUAAGAACCUGGUGUAUGGGUUAGUGGGCACUUAG